AUGGCAGCACAUCCAAUAGUGGUAGCUGGGAUAAGACGCAGGAUUGGAAAUGGUGAGACAACUCUAAUUUGGGGACACCCAUGGCUGCAGGAUAAUCCAAGUCCCUUGGUACAAACAAUUAUGCCUGAGGAGUUAAGAGAAGCACGAGUAGCAGGUUUGAUUGACCCACAAACACAAACAUGGGAUCCACAUAUUUUAUCUGAUUUAUUUAUCCCUGAGGAUGUGAGCCGAAUAGUUAUGGUUCCUGUUAACCCUGAUUAUGAUGACUCAUGGUACUGGACAGGUGACCCAAAAGGAAUUUAUUCAGUAAAGAAUGCCUACAGGCGUAUUGUUGGUGAUUAUGAGAAUAACCCAGAUUCGUUUGCGGCAUGGUUAACUGGGGCUAUGACGAUUCUAACCGAGGAACAAACACAGCUUUUGGUGGGAGUUCUAUACAAUAUUUGGAGGAGCCGCAAUGCAGCCGUGUGGGAAGGGGCCAUGUCACUGCCGCGGGCUGUUGUGAAGGGGGCGGCAACAUUGCUGAAAGCCUAUGGUGCGGUACACGGCCGUUCCACGCGAGAAGAUGUACAGCCACAUGUCGAACCAGUGUUGUCCAACAAUCACAUGCGAUGCUAUAUAGAUGCGGGGUUUCGGCAGGAAACCGGGGAGGCUACGUAUGGAAUUGUGUUAUUAGAGCUCGGUGGCUCGUUUGUGGCAGCUAAGAAUGGCAGAUCACCCGUUGGUUUUUCACCACUCAUGGCUGAAGCUAUGACUUUUAAAGAGGCACUGUCCUGUGCAAGACAAUGA